AUGGCUUGGCACCUUACAAACGAAGGUGAUUGGACGACUAUUCCGAAUUCACAGUUAAUAACACUUCUCGAUGCGAUCGAACUUCUCAUGAAGCGACUGCGUUAUUUCAUUGAAUCGGAUGAAUUCGAGUGCGAGCAAUUGGCGAACGUUCUAUCCUGUUUCAUAAAUGUUGCACCAUUACCAUUUGCAUUUGUUUCCUCGUUAAUGCUCAACCCUGAAAAUCAAAUAUCAAUAGAAUUGGAAUCAGAGAGUCAACAGCAUCAGCCACAAUCUUGUAACGUUAAUGUGAAUGAUGUCAUUCAAGCAAUGGAGGUUUUGAUUAUGAGAUAUUUCCCACUGGAUAUGGUUGUCCUUAAUAUUGUGCCAAAGUGUAUUCGUGAUUUAGUGCGUGAUUAUCUCAGUGCGUUUCAGACACAUGGACAAAUACAGUCAACUGAGACUGUUGUUUUAACAUCGAGCUUAGUGUCAUCGUGCCAAGAGGGCUUAAACCACAUGGAAAAGCUCCUGAAUCAAGAAGUGUGCGCAUCAUUAAGCACUGCAAACGAAUUAAUAAAUGGCCUCAUACUAUUAUGUUGUUCAACUGCGGUUGCUGAACACCCAGACAUAACGGACGAUAAUCUUAUGAAUUUUUUGGCGACCAUAAUAUCAUUGCAUAAAAAUUUAUUCAAAUCAGUUCGGACAUACAGUGAUGAUCUCAGUAAACAUUACAAUUUAACGCUGAAUAUAUUCAUCAAGAGUAUCUCAAAUUUGGUCGUAUCGGGUAAAAAUGAUUUCGCAUAUUUAUUGACAAACUAUUUUCUUGCUACCUUGCCAAAGUUGCUGAUUUUUAUUGCUGAGCAACCGAUUAAUGAAUUAUUGGAUUUGUUGUGGAAUGUAGCAGUUUGUUCACUUCAAGAUGAACAGAAACUGGCUGAUGAGAAUAAUAUUAAGAAAUCGCUGUCAACCGAUUCCUCAGAUGACCCGAUAAGUGGAGUUGGUGAUUGGUUAGCAAAUAUUCUUAGCGAUGUACCAGCAAUGAUCGAUCAACAAGAAGCGGCUCUGAAUGCGAAAUGUACAUCUCUUUUUGUUGUAUCAACGACAAGCAAUUCUCUUGCACACAGCUUACUCUACCUCGACGUCACCAAUGGAUUGAUACCGUCGAAUGUAUUUUGCCUAACGAUUGCCGCUGAGGCGGCGUUGCUGUCAGCAAGUUCAGAGGUGCCUGUUUUGACGAAUGAAGUGUUAAUGGGAACGAUUGUCAAAACAGUUGAACGAUCGGCAACACGUGAAGAUAUUCACAUGUGGUUGUUCGAAUGUAUCUGUGAGGCAUUGCCAGUUGAUGAUCUAUGCAAGGAUCUACUCACCGUUGUUGAUUUGCUGCAUGAUGCUCUCAUAAGUCACGAUGAGGGACGCAAUCAUUACAAUAAAAGAAUUGUCUUGAAUGAAAUGGCUUAUAUUAUGCUCUUUGGCAGUGUGAACGACGACAAGCCGCACAAAUCAUUACAAAAAUUCCAUACAUAUGCUAAUGAUUUGUUUGACGUAAGCAUUCCACCGGAUUGGUCAACGAUCCGUAUCAAAUGCAAUGAUAUAAAUUAUUCAUGUUGGUCACAACUUCAUUCAGCAUUACUUAAAUGGUACUUCAGUGCGAAUUGGAAUGAUGAGCAUUUGCCAAUUCAUGCUUCAUUACCAGCUCCAACAAAUUUUUUCAAAAACAUCCUCGACGGCCGUGCUAACUGUGAGCAGUUACAUCACUUUAUCAGAUUACGUCCUCUUCUUAUGGACGACAAAUACGCACAGUUUAUUAAGGCAUUCAAUGACGACGAUCCGGGUAUAGACAUCACAAAGUUACGAAGUAUUGAAACAUUCUGCAACGUCGGUGUCAGGGUUCUCAAACAAACAAACUCAACUGAUCUGAAAAUGAUUUCUGCGGUUCGCUACGAUGCAUUACUAUUGAUGCUGAAUAUGCUGAAAUCAGAGCAAUGUUCCGAUGAUUUUCUCAAAAGACUUGCUGGUUUAUGCGACACAAUUCGUUGUUUCGCUGAAAACGAAAUGUGUGAGCGUGCAGGUAUCAAGCAUUCGAAACGUUCGUGUAAUGUGGUCUUGUCGUUAUCAAAUAGUCAGUUGUUGAAUUCAAUUGUACCAAGUGCCAAAGGUGUUUUACAAGCAUCUCUCAAUGAUUCGCUUCUGAAAUUCGUUAAAAAAUGGUCAUGUGUUGCCCAUCCCGAGCUGCAUUCAUCGCUCGGCGGCACGAACACUCUUGACGUUUUGAGCGAUUCAUUCACUUCACCGAUUUCUUCUUGCUCAUUCGCACAGCCAUCCGCUGAAGAGAUGUUCGAUGCAUUGAAUUCUGUGUAUGAUAAUGCUCUUCGUUUCAUGUUGUGUCAGAUUCAAAAAAGGCAUUUGAAGAAUUCGAAAAGUUUUCUUGAGUGGAAGUUAUCUGAAAAGGAAAAUUGUUUGGAUUGGAUCUUAUCGGUGCAAAGCUCUCAGUUAAGCUCUCCAGCUGUAACUGAGUUGUGUUCCACAAUUCUAAAAGGGAGUGAUAUGAUGCAAACAGUGAAACAACGCCAACUUUUGCACGAUCUUCCUGUUUUAUUGGAUGCUAUUCUCAUUGAGUAUUCUUCUGGUGAAAUGAAUCUAUUGGAUCCACCAUCGAUAUGUUGCACAAUAUUGAAAGAUUUGGUAUUGGGAUUGAGUAGUGAUAUGGUCAGUGCCGAUGAAAUAACAUCUAAUUUAUUCGCAAAUCUUCUAGACCGCAUUAUGAAUGAAUCAAAUCUGAACAAACAGUCUAUUCCAUUGAUCAGUUUCAUGUCGUCGAUCAGUUGUUGUAAUAAUGCGGCAUUAAUUUCGAUCUUUUUGGAACCAUUAAAGUCUCGACUACAUCUGCUCGCUCAGUGGAUGAGAGCUAGCGAAGUGUCUUUGGAAACAUUCUCACAAUUGCAUCCACUGUUGAAGUACUUGAAAGACAAUUGUGAGCCUGAUAAAAUGGAGCUGUUACUAGACGCUAUGCUGGAGGUACUGUUCGGUAAAUUUGUCCAUCAGCAACUUGUUGAAUAUUGUCCACUGAUCGUACGUCGCAGUGAUAGAUGGAAUUAUGCAGCACUUUCUGCGAGAAGAGACCUGGUGAAAGAAGGUCAGGUUUGCGUAUCGUCAGAUCAAAGUGACUUGUUCGGUGAUACUAUUGUUUUGCUGAUUUCCGUUGGUGGUUCGAAAAUUCAUCAAAAGCUGAUCUUCAAAUUCUGUGAUCUUUUCGCAUAUAUCAUUUCAAAUACUCAUGAAUCUGAUUAUAAGAUUCUGGAAGGUGGGCCAGGCGAUUGUCCGAACUCACUAGCGUAUUCAUUCAUAAUAAUGUGUGACAUAUUGGAGUAUAUCAAUGCUUUAAGUGAAGUUGUUUCGCCCCUUAGUGUAUCGCAGAAUAGUGCAGAUGAACCGUCGUUCAGUGUGAUAGCAGAAAACUUUGUUACGAAGCAGUCCUCAUCGGCCAUACCAAAAGCACCAGUUGCUCUUCCGUUGUGCACGUAUAGUGCAACCCAGAAGCAGUUCAUUCUGCAGCAUUGGUAUCAUUGUUAUACGUGCGGAAUGGAAGGGGGUGAAGGCGUUUGUUCAGUAUGUGCAGUGAACUGUCAUCGUGGCCACGAUAUUUCGUACAGUAAACAGGGAUCGUUCUUUUGCGACUGUGGUGCGAAAGGUUGCCAGGCGCUGAAAUCAACACAAUAUCCGUUGCCGACGAGUAGGAAUGAAUCAAUGACUGUCAUUUCAAGUACCGAAAAUGAGACUCAAAACAAUCAACAACUCUUUCGUCACAAGAUUUUCGUUCAACCAGAAGAUCGUCCAAUCGUCAAACGUCUUUUGGAGUCUUUUUCGGAAACACUUUCAACCCACCGCUCACAACUCGACUCAAUAUUGAGGGCCAUUCUUAUCGGUUGCGAAAUGCGUUCAAUCACGAAACACAUUCAACGCAUCAAUGACACACGUCUCAAACUGUUGCAGCCACUCACCGUACAGUUCUCGCGUUCACUAAUGAAAUACUGGACAUCCUGUCAGAAAGUGCUUGUUGACAAGAAACCGGAAGGCAGUCGUUUCGGACAGAUUCCACUUGUUGUAGUCCGAGUUGGGGGUAGUGUGAUGUUGGCGACGGUUCAAGAGGGGAGCAAAAUCAUUCUUUUGAGUACGCAUGCGCUCUUUUGUGUCUCUGAUUCAGGCAGAGAUCUUGAUAUGCCGCGUAUAGAUAUGGAAUCGGUUGGCUUCAAAAUUGUAUCGAUGUGCUGCGUUAAAGAUUUAUUGGUGGCAUGUGGAAAUCAGCAGUUCAUCGUAGUGCGCUUCAAAGCGAAUGGAGACGUGCAAGAUAAGCGUCGGAUCCCUAUUAAAGGAACUGCCUUCAAAAGUGUCAUUGCGAAGGUGCAGUGGAUAGAAGCAAGUCGACGACCAUUAGUGGCCAUAGCUACGGAACAUUUUGUUCGUAUUUACGACGUUGGUGAACUGUCGAAUGAUCCCAAAUUUGAAUUUGUUGUACCGUUAGGUACCGUUGUGGAUAUGGCGUUUGCAGCUCGUGAACAGGGUGGUAUCGAAAUAUUCGUUCUGUCGUCUGCUGGCCAUAUUUAUUUUGAGCAGCUUGAGAAGGCAGAUUCAACGUCGUAUUACAUUAUGAAUACAGUUUCACUUCCAUAUCAUGAUAACGCUGUGUCGUUGCAUUAUUCUGAGCAGUCCCGGUUUUUGUUCGUCUCACAAAAUGAGGGGACUUAUGUGGUGCGCUUCACCAAGAAUGAUGAAUUGGGUAAUGUUCAGCAAAUCGGUAUAGAUUAUGGUGUUUGGCAAUGGAGUGAAUGUGCUGGUGUAAUAAGUGCAUUAUCGCAUCCAAUAUCAAAUCCCAAUAUGAUAGUGUUUUUCUAUUUUUGUGCUGACACGCUCUAUAUACAAUCAAUGGAUAUGCAGAGUGCAGCACAGGCCAACUGCAUGCUUUUAUCAGCUGGAAAUACAUCGUAUCUUGCUAUACAAAUCGUUGACAAUCAUACAUUACAAUUCUAUAAAAGUGAAUGGCAGCAUGAACCGGAUUUGUGGAUACGAGACGUCGAAUAUCGUGUUUUGGAAAGUAACCCACAUACAGUUGAAAUCAAAGAAGAAAAGCAAUCAGAAGAGGAUUUGGUGACUAUAUUUGAAAGCUGCGUUCCACUCGAGAAGGUACAAUUCUGGAGUAAGGCGCUUGAAUUGAGUUAUGAUGCCGAUGAACUCACAAAACGUUUGAAGUCACCUGGUAUGAGUGCUGUCUGCUUGAAGAAAAAAGAAUUCGAUAUAGUUGUGAGGAAUUUGGAUUGGAAUAUGGUGAUCUGUGGAUUACGUGUUGAGGUUGCGGCUGAGAAUUGUCCACAAAGUGUGAAUGUAUUUGGUAAAAAUCGGUUGUUGCGUUCUUUUCGAGCACGCAUUUACGAUAUCCCAUUGACAAGAAAGCAGUCACUUGAAUGCGGUAAUGAAGUGACUUUAACGUUCACAACCGAUACACUUCCUGCACAAGUAACUUCAGUGAUGGUGUACGGCAAAACGAAACGAGAUUUUGGAUUCCCAACGGCUACGUAUCGUUUGGAACAAGCACUUACGCUUCCUGAACGAACUGGUGCAGCUUUCAUGUCAACUUGUGCUCAUUUGUGGAACGCAAAAUCACGUUUAACUGUGAGUUGGAUGCUAUCAUGCGCAUCAAUGUUUGAUGCGCCUGGUCAUUAUCAUAAUCAUUUACGAAUGUGUGCAUUGGAUCUACUUGCCGUGCUAACGCCAAAUCCAGAUGCUUUCUUCAACGAAAAGGAUUCAACACUCUUCGCACGAAUGAGAUCUAGUCAAGAGAACGAAACGUUGCAAUUGUCGUUAUUGAAUGCGUUCGCUGCACACGCCAAACAAAUGCUGCUUAAAAGGCCACUCAACUUCCAUCGUUAUAUGACUGAACAUUUCGGCAACAUUGUGAGGUUCUUGGAAUUUUUAUCGCAGGGAUUUCACUGGAAAGACACCGAUCGUGAACCAUUACUGGAUUGUUACUUGAUUACUUGUUCGAUGUAUAUGGCGGCUGGUCAUGUGCAAACACCAAAGAUCUUGUCAAAUAUUGGUGCAAUAUUGUUUUCUGAAGAUGUGCUGUUUGCAAGUCGUGCGAAACAGAUUCUCGCCGAUCGUGUUGCCCAUUACGCUCGUAUAAACGUGCAACAGAAUGCAUCAUUCUUCAGCACUCAGUCGUUAUCAUCUCUCAUCACUUCUCAAAACGACAACAAGAUCGUCAGUUCAGAAUCACUGAAUGAUUUGUUCAAUCCAACAGUCGUCGACAUACUGCGAAGUGCACUAAGCAAGCCCGAAUUAAACCAGUCCUCUCAAAUAAGUGACAAUAAAUCGUCAACUGCAGCUGAAAAGUAUUAUGUUGCGGGAAAAUGGAUAACAACUCUGUUGGAGUAUGUCAUAAACGCGUUUGAUCGUUGUGAUUAUGAGGGAUACCGAUGUAUUGCAGCUGCGCAGAUGAUUAUUCAUCUGUUUGGGCAACACACUGUUGAGCAACUGACUCCUGUGGUUGAUUUGUUUAGUUGCCGUACCCAGUUCUAUUUGAUUCAUGCCGAGCGAACACCUGCCAACGAACGUCACGAGGUAUAUGUCCGCAUGGCGAUUGCAGUUCUGUCGUUAUGCUCAGCAGCGCUUUCGGAGAAUGCCAGUGGUGUUACGGCUGCGUUACAAACGUUGAAUCUGUGCAGCAACAACAAAGAUAAGGAUGUUGGCUUGGGAUAUUCAUAUGAAGAGGAACAAACAAUGGAUAGUGUUAACGAAGAGGAGGAUGUAUACGAAGAUGAGGAGGAAGAUGGAGAUACGGCUGAGGAUGAGCAGCAAGCCGAUAAUGAUGAUGACGAUACUACAACGACCUCAGAUAUCGAUACUGAUACUGAUCCGUCGUCUCCGAUUGUGCAACCGAAUGUUGCCGAAUCACUGAAAAAGGAGAAGAAGCAAAAUGCUGCAGCAUCUACUGUAAACGAUCAACAAGGCUCAGCGGCUGAAGUUCAUUCACUUCUUGAAUUUGCAAGGAAUUUCGCAAAAAAACUUGUGAAGUACCAGGCAAUGGAUUAUUGCUUUGCUGUGUUGAGCUCAAUGUGGUCAACUGCUGAGUCAUCGAGCACAGCGGCGAGAACGAAUCACGAAGCGAUCACAUCAGUCAUUCCACGUCAGGUGCAGCCAAAUAUGAGUCCGUUGUUUGAUUCACACUUGGUGGCAGGGCGCGCAGCUGAAGAUAUGUUCGAUUCUUAUACGACGAUGCUCACCGAAUCGGCGUUGAGACUAGCAUAUGCGUUGAAAAAGAUUCUUCCCGAGGUGUCAGUAAAUGAAUAUGAUUGGCAUAUGCUCCUUUCUGACUACAAAAACCGUGAACCAGAAAAACAUCAGCGACUCGCUCGUCGUCUUUUACUAUUGUUUUGUGGUGAUGAUAAGAAGAAGUACCGUGAAGUACGUGAUAAGUAUUUGAUCACCAAUAUGCUACGUUAUGUGAAGAAUCGGUUCGAUCGCAAUUCUUCGUUUGAGUAUACAGAACUAAGUGAUGUUGUUUUGCGUCUGCAUGCGCUGUGCAAUUUGGCUGAUCAUCGUCCACACAUAUGGCAAAAACUUUCCAUAAGCGAGUUACCAUGGUUGCUGAAUAUGGCGUCUACAAUCCCAGAAGAAGCAAGUGGUCGAGUUCUUCAAGUCAUUUCUCUGUCACUUCGUCCAAAUAAAUAUAACUCCGAUGAUAGAACUUGUUGUGCUAUCGUUAACCAUCUUAUUGGUAUACCACUUCUCUUCAAACUCCUUUGUCGAUGUUUGAACAGAUAUCUGAUGAACGAGGAAAGCGUUUAUCGUUUCGCGAUGCAUGCAAUACUGCGAUCGCUGUUGCAGUUGGCUGAAAGACCGAAUCAAGUGCUUCUCAUGCGUCAUCUCUUAUAUCAGAUUUGGCCGAAAGCACAACAUAUGGGAUCAAGAGCUGCUCAAUUGGUUGAUAUUAUCGCCAGUUAUGCGCCUCGAUUCUGUACAAUGGAUGAGCUGGCAUCAAUUUAUGCUAACGUUGUGCAAACAAUGGAAGAAGCAAUAACAAAGCUUGAAACUCAGGAUAGAUCCGUGCUGAUCACAAAAUUGAAGAAAAUUAUCGGAACACCAGAUUUUGCGGUCUUCAACGGAACAGCUUGUUUGAUUUGUUCCAGACCCGAGGUGCACAUGGACUUCAUCAAAUUAUCCGCGAUCAAGCUUGAUUCACGUUUCACAACCUCUGCACAAAUGAUCAAGCUUAUGGGACAUUUUGAAGUAUCGCGUGUGGUAAUACAUUUAACCGAUAUCAAACGUUCCAAAAUGAUCAAGCAUGUUCGUCUCAACUAUUGCAAUAAAGAACUCGAAUCUGCUGUCGACUUGAAGAAUCGUCCGGAGUUGUGGGAAAAGGCUGCCGAUGUUGAGGUGUCACCAGGCGAAACUGAAAUCGCAAUCAAUUUGAUAAUUCCAAUCGUGACGUGUAAUAUAGUGUUGGAAAUGAUUGAAUUCUAUGAGACAUCGAACGCAGUAGGUGCUAGUGGCAGCGAGUUAGUGCACUGUCCACGGUGCACGACCGCGGUCGCACCCAAUCCAGGCAUUUGCUCGAACUGUGGUGAAAACGUUUUUCAGUGUGUCAAAUGUCGUGCGAUCAAUUAUGAUGAAAAGGAACCAUUUCUAUGCAACUCAUGCGGCUUUUGUAAAUAUGCGCGAUUGGAAUCAACGCUGUUAGCUCGUCCAUUGCCGUCGGUACAACCUAUUGAGAAUGAUGCUGAGCGUAUUGCGGCGAGGGAACAAAUAAUUGCACUGCUGAAGGGCAUCGAAACGGAUAGAUGUGAAAUAGCAAUACUGGUUGAAUUAAUGGAAAAAGAAUCGUGGACAUGUGAGCCGAACAUGCGACCAAACGUUCUCAUGAGACACGUAUCACGAGAGCGCUUCAUACAGUUCAUGGUUGAAAUGGAUGAUAGCCUCAAUCUACAAUCACUUUACAAUAAAGCUGAACAACUUCAUAAGAAUCUGAUCAAUCAAACAAGGCGUCUCGUGGCGUUACGAACUGAAAUGUAUCGCUAUGAUGUGGAGAAUGGUGACGCUGAAUUGACCGAACUUCCUAUCGCUACGGGAUUCUAUUCUGACUCAUCGAACUGCUACGGUUGUCAGUCAGCUCUUGUUAUACACAAUAUAGCACUCCUGCAAGCAGUUUGUAGUGAGCCAAAAAUAAUGGAUACUUUCAUCAACGAUUCGCACAUUUUCUCUCUUCUUGUAAAUGCAUGUUCAAUCAAUGAUAAAAUAGCACAUUCAAUACACGUAUUGAUCCAGAAACUGGCUGAAGUAAGUGAGCAAGCAACGCAAACUAUGUGUCAACUUGCGUUGAAAAACCAAUUUCCAGCCUACUUACUGGCAAGACCGAUUCUCGAGGAGAACUUCCGGUUUUGGGAUAUAAAACUACGAUGUCUUAUGCAAUUAGCGAUAACCGGUAACGGCGAUAGCGAAGUGGACAUGCAUGCGAUCAGUGUUCUGCGUAAGCUGUGUUCACCGUGUAUGCACCAUGCGCAUGUAGUGGAAGCGAUGACUCGUGAUGAACAUGCAAAUGAUAAUAGAUCGUUGAGUAAUUCACCGCCUGUUGACUUGUUGUUAGCGAGUGAUGAUCCACUGAAACGGUUACACGAUAUUCAUUUCAUGCGCACUGCCCAAGGGACAUCUCCGUCACAGCCAACUUCCGUACUGCUGCAAACAGUUGCAACAGCAGAUACGGGAUCCCCUUCUAAGGUUUUGGACUUGGAUAAUGAAAUUUUGAAGCGAUUGUUACCGCGAUCGUGGAAUAAAUCAAAGUUAAGGGAAAUUAUCGUCGCAGCAAAGCCAUUCCCGUUCUUGGACUGGCUGAAUGAAAGCACUCAGUGGAUAACUAAAUACGACAAAAAGAGACGUGGAAACGUGGAAUUCAACUUCGCAAAGGAUGUCUUACAAGAUCAACAAUCUAGUGGGAGUUUGGUUGACAUUUGGCUUGGCAAAUGUAUAUUCUCACCGGUCGCAAGUAUACGUCUAUCGACAUAUCGUUUGUUAUUAGCGUUAUGUUUCCAUAGAGUCGAUGAACGCAGUUAUGAAUAUGGUUCGGCGACUGAUUUUGCUCUUGUCAUUCAGAGAGUAUUGUUAUGGCUCGACAAGUUACCAAACGUUAACGUGAAUCAUCGAGAAGAAUAUUUUUGUUUGGUGCGUACAUUGGUCAGUUUAAGAGAUGUUCGUCAAGUACUUAUAUCGAAACCAGUUCAACUGCUUAGUCGAAUUUUCAAUCUUAUUCGGAAGGAAUGUAAACUGUUAAUGAACCACAAAAACGAAGGUCUACCAGGUGAUUUGUGUUUCGGCUCUUCGGUGCUGCAACUAGUCGAGCUUGUAUUAUGUGUGAUGAGUUAUGAUAUGAAAAAUACAAACGACUCAGUGAUACUACGUGAGUAUGGAGCUGUAAUGGUUGAAACAUUCCUUGAGGUUAUUGCUUGUUUCAGCGUUAUGAGCGAAUACGAAAAUCGCAGUAGAGUUGAAGUGAUGGCACACAUCACAUCAGUAAUUAUGCGUUUUGCUAUUAAUUCACCUAAACAAAUUAUUCGUGCCAUACUCAACUACCUCAAGCGUCAUUCAUUACAUCGUCACGUCCAAGCGUAUUUCUUGCAUCUUCUUGGUGACAUCGUUCAUCCACCAGUCAAGAAAGAAGAGAGUUUUCUGAUUCAAAUCGAGAAAGAUCCUCUCCAAGAGGAGUACCUUCAAGGGCGCAUGCCAGGCAAUCCUUACAAGAGCGCUGAUACAGGAAUGGGUCCAUUAAUGCGUGAUAUCAAGAACAAAAUUUGUCGAGAUUGUGAACUGGUUGCUCUUCUUGAGGAAGACACUGGCAUGGAGCUGCUCAUAAACCAGCAGAUAAUAGCACUUGAUUUGCCGGUGGCUGAAGUUUAUGAAAAACUUUGGCGUCGGGAUCAUCCUGACCAACCAAUGAUUAUAGUUUAUCGUAUGCGUGGACUGUUGGGUGAUGCCACUGAACCGUUCAUUCAAUCCUUAGCUGAUACCAGUAAUAAAGAAUCAGUGAACGAUGCACAACUACGACUUGCUGCUAUAUUUGGUGAACUUAAUGGACUGAAGGUGGUGAUCAGUUUACUUGAUGACAUUGAAUUAACAUCAGCAACGAAGAACCUCAUCACUCGCAUGUAUCAAUUGCUCUUCUAUUGUGUUAAGAUGGAGAAGAAUCGUUGGCAAUUAAUCGAAAAUGGUGCUGUUUCGCGAUUAUUGCAAGUUUUCGAAAGGAUUUAUCAAAGUGGUGUGAGAGAAGAGACGCUUGAUACGAUUGCACUGCAGUCGUUACAGUUGUGCAAGGUCUUACUGACGGAUGUGGUUGCGAAAGAUCGUGUUCAUAAGUUGCAUUCAAUCGUUGGUGCUAAAUUUGAACAAAUGUCGUGGUUAUUGGAACUGUCCGAACGUAGUCUGCCAGCACCGAUUUGGGAAGCUGUUACCACACUUGUACCGAAUUUAUGUCUUGGUAAUAACGAAAGUAUGGAUGCACUUGUUGCUAUAUUCCGUCCGUGUUGCGAUUGGGAAAAAAUUGAUAGAGAUCGUGCGUUCCGUGAUGUGAUGACGAAGAAGUUGGAUACUAUGUGCAGUAUAACGUAUGCUAUUCCUGCUUCUGAAUCUGGAGCGAUUUUGAAGAGAAAAUUGAUGGACGCGGGUAUUGUGGCUUGUGCGUGCGAUUAUCUUUCAAUUAAUCAUCCACCGCUCUUCAACGUGUCCGUUGAGGGUCCAGAAUGGAAGCAGUUUCUCGGCAGAGCCGCACUUAAAUAUGUACUCAAAUUGCUUGCCGGAAUGGCGCGAACGCACAAGCCAUCACAGGAAGCAAUUGCUGAGCACACGUUACCAAUUUUACAUCGUCUUGAACAAAUUUCGUCCGCUGAACAUAUCGGCACUUUAGCCGAGAAUGUAAUGGAAGAACUAAAGCAAAAUGAGACGGUUGCAAGUGAGAAGCGUCAGUUAGCGAUGUUAAUGCGACAAAAGCAGUUGUCAAAAAUGGGCAUGCAAGUCAGCCAAAAAGGGCAAGUUAGGAUAACACCUCGUAAAGUUGGCGAAGAAGCAAGUUCAUCCACCAAAACUUUUGAUGUGCUCAGUGAAUGUUGCAUUUGUCGUGAAGGACUAGAUGUAUUCGACAAGGUGAUGAUGGUUUAUGCGUUCGCAAGUCGACAGGAGCUUAGUACGCCUGUGAGCGGUCACAAAUACUCAUUUACGACUGUUUCUCAGAUGAAUCUGGUGCAUCUCGACUGUCAUACAUUAGCUGUACGUAUGGCGAAUGGUCGUGAUGAAUGGUCAAGUGCAUCUCUUCAUAAUGCAAAUACCAAAUGCAACAUUAUGGUGCCCAUUUGGUCAGUGUCUGUGAAAGAUACGGACAUGGCGAAUGCCCUGCAAAGACUAAGCAACGACCUUAAAUCAGCCGUUGGAUUUGGUACGUUGAGCGUCGAAACCGUACUGCUGGAUAUGACACAGUUGUUGGAUCGGUUCGUUAAGUAUCGGUCGUUCUCGGAGCUGUCACAUGGUGGCGGUCGUGAGUCGAACUUACAAUUUUUGAGUGUCCUUCUUCUGUUGGCGUUGCAUUUAAGAUCGAGUGGCAACACAACAACAGAUCUGAAGGCAUUACGUGAACAGUUAGCAUCUUCAAUUGAGUCACGUAUUUGUUUGACGCUGAUCGACACCGAUACACGAUCCGAAUGGAAUCAGCAGCGCUUUUCGCUAUUGCAAGAAAUUCACAGCACUGCAUCGAAAUGGGAUGAUGCCAAGCCAUUAUUACUUCUUUGGGCAAUCAUCAACCACUUCCAUACAGUAAUCAUACCGGAAUCUGUCAGUGAUCGAAUUCAAUAUCUUCGAGCAAACGUGACAAGCGUCUCGAAGCAGUGUUCUGAAUUCGUUAAUAAAUUCGAUAACGCGCUUGUCCAAACAACUGAUUUUGCCUCUUUCUGUGAAAUUAUUGAAGUUGGUGAAGAGGAAAGAAAGCUUAGUGGCGAGAGUGGAGUUGAGACAGAUAUAUUUUCGAGAGAAAGAGUUGGGUUAUCGACAGCGCAGUGUCUUUAUACCGAAUUAUGCGAAAAACACGAAAUUCGAUUCCGAUUCACUGCGUUGAAUUAUGAACGCAUUGGUAAUGUUUAA